UUGCUCCGAGGUGACAUGGGAAAAGUCUUUACAAUCUCCAAAGACAAUCUUCAUCUAAAAGGCUUGAACGACCCAGUUCUCAUUGAACGUGAACGCGAACGUAUCGCUCGUGCCAACUUAAAUUCCCAAGAUGGCGAUACGGCGGAAGAACACGACCAGUUCUAUCGUGAUCACAAGCUGCUUCUUGUACUUUUUCGCGUCUUGGCGGUUAUGCCAAUUUUGCGCUCAGCUCCGGGACGAGUUACGUUCAGUUGGCGCUCGUCAGCUAGCAUUUAUGCAUUUACUUUUUACGUUUUUGCCACGUUCUGGGUUUGCAUUGUGGGCUACGAAAGAAUUACAAUUCUCGGAAAUACCGAACAGUUUGACGAGUAUAUCUACGGAAUUUUGUUCAUAAUUUUUUUGGUGCCGCAUUUUUGGAUUCCCUUCGUUGGAUGGGGCGUCGCGAGUAUUGUAGCUGCUUACAAAACCAUGUGGGGUGCCUUUCAAGUGAGAUAUUAUCGAGUUACGGGACGUUCCUUGCAAUUUCCCUUUUUGAAGACGCUGAUUAUCAUUUUGUUCAUUGGAUGCGUGACGUGUGCCGUGGUUUUUCUUCUAUCGCUCAGCAUGUUACUUGAUGGAUUUUCGUUGUGGCAUACGACGGCGUAUUAUCACAUCGUCAUUAUGCUGAACAUGAAUGCAGCGCUUUGGUAUUGCAAUUGUUUGGGCACAAGAGUGGCUUCGAAGAGCUUGUCGGAUUGCUUUCGAGAAGAUGUCGGAAUUGAAUGUACGGCUUCGAUUAUCUCGCAGUACAGAUUUUUGUGGUUGAAUUUGAGUGAACUGGUACAAGCGCUGGGAAAUGCUUAUUCGAGAACAUAUUCGACGUAUUGUCUUUUCAUGCUUUUCAACAUCACAAUUGCCAUUUACGCCGCCAUGUCGCAAAUCAUCGAUCACGGCUUCAACUUUUCGUUCAAGGAAAUCGGUUUAAUUGUCGAUACCGUGUACUGUUCCAUCCUGUUGUUUGUCUUUUGCGACAGCAGUCACAAGGCAACGUUGCAGGUCGCUCAAGGUGUACAAGACACGCUUUUAUCGAUUAAUUUGUUGACGGUGGACCAACCGACGCAGAAAGAGAUUGACUUGUUCAUUCAAGCGAUCGAAAUGAAUCCAGCGACGGUCAGUUUGAAGGGAUAUGCCGCCGUAAAUCGGGAGUUAUUGACAGCUAGCCUUCGAACAAUUUCGAUCUACUUAAUUGUGUUACUGCAAUUCAAAAUAUCUCUCGUCGCACAACAACUUCCGCCACAAUUGCUGGAAAAAGGAGGAAUGACAUCUUAAAAACGAUAAAAAUAUUCGUUU